AUAGUUCAAUAGGCGUUUCUAUAAUUCGACCAACCUCAACGAAUCGGCGAAAACCUCAAUCCCAAUCUGGUCACACUGUUGCUACUUUGAGAUCAAGUACUAGUACUACAUUAUUGGCCAGUCAUACUGAGCCGGGCCUCCUUACGAUUGACAAAUCAAUCCAAGUUAAUGUACGAAGUCCACGAUUGUCGAUUUGAAAGAAAGCUUACACCCCGUAAAGAUCUUCGAUACGACCUACUCGAUCAAUCCUUACCUUCCAAACGUCCGCUUCUUACAAUCAGAUAAUCCUAGGUGGGGCGACGAAAUUCGUCCCAUCCAACAUUCUUGACGGCCGCGUCUCGCGAUAUCAGAUAAUAGGAGAUAUUCGCAAUGUCGUCAUACGCCCAGCAGGUUCACCGCGCGCCUACCGCCUCCGAGAUCCAUCACGCUCUCCUACGUCCAGCCAUCCUACAGAUCCUCCGCGCACAGGGCUACUACUCAUCGACGCCCAGCACGGUUGACGCGCUGACCGAGCUCGCUGCAAAUUAUCUUACCGCUAUCUCGCGACGCACCGCGCAGCACGCGGCACUUAACAACGAGGUGGGUGUGCCAGGCCUUCCCGACGUAGUCGAUGUGCGCCUCGCUCUCGAAGACUGCGGUGCUCUGUGGCCAGAACGCGACUUCACGGCUCAAGAAGUAAGCGGGGAGGAGGACAUGAGAGGGGUUGACGAAUUCAUACGUUGGGUUAAGGGGAGCAAGAACCGGAGGAUUCGCAUGGUCGCGGCUCUGGACAAACCAGCCGCCGGCGAUGUUGGUGUAGAAGGAGUAGAGGAACAGCGCGGGACAGACUACUUGAGUGCGCUUAAGCGGAAGCACAACAAAACGGACCAAGACUCUAAGUACGCGGGUACGCUAUUAGGCCGAGGCAUCGUCGAAGGCGAGGUCGUCCCAGAAGGCGGAAGUGAGAACAGCAUACACGCCUGGGCACGUAAGAUGCACGAGACGUCGCAGCGCCCCCCUGAACCCGAAACUGUCGACAUCGAGUCAAGGCCUCCUAGCUCGGGCCUGAGCUCACUUGCCGACGAGGACGUGGCUAUGAUAGAUAUGGAAUUCUGAGCUUCUGAGCUACUGAGCUACUUGGAUUGCUACCGAUCCAGAUGAAAUUCUAAACCCCGAGAGAUACCGAGGGAUAUCGGCUCUGGCCUGAAUAUGAUUCUCGUCUUAUUGUCUUUAUCACACACCGAGCUAUAUUUUAGCCCCAAGACACGAUACGAGGGU